AACGCCAAAUUUCUUGUAUUUUCAAUCUCGAAUUCGACUCUACACCAUGGAUUCAAAUGCCUUCGUCAAAAAGCUCACCUUCAAAUCCCAGGAUCUCGGCGCAGACAUCGACCUUCUUCUGACUUUCGACGAUCAGCCUAUCGGUGAGCUGUACAAGAAGUAUUACCCAUCGGCUUUUGCGGUCAGGAGAUUUGCGGCCGAUGGCGCUUACCACUGCGAAAUUGUGUAUCGAUCACAACUUGCGUUCACCAAGGUUGUUGUUUCCAACGACGUCAUCCAAAGUGCUUCGACCGAGGUUUCUAUCGACGUUGGGCAAUCUACCAUUCUAACCCAGAAGGGCGAGGUAUACCAAUUUUCCGAUCCCAAAACCGACCCAUUGGUGCCGAAGAAGAAUAUUCAAUGUACGAACAGCGCACCAUACAAACAGGAUAUAGGGGUCGGUUUCAUCGAGCAAGACGGGGCCAUGCCAAAGACGGCUCUAGUUUGGCGCGGCGUAGGGCACGCGCAGAAGUUGAACGCAGAGUUUACUCCGAUUCUACGCGGGUAUAUUGGCACGGACUACCAGGAGAACAGCUUGAUCAAGGGUCAAGUCGAGACCGAUCGUCUCUUCGAACAAGAUCUUGCUGCUCUAGAUGACAAUACUACGUGGAACAUCACGUAUGAGCCCUCCACCGGAGUCUUCAGCAUCGAUCAGGUUUGAGAUAUGAUCUUUUGGAUAUUUCCUUUGUGUUCCAAUUGUUUACCUCUGACUUUAAAUUUGUUCUUGAACGUUGGCUGCUGUCGUGUACUUCAAUAUGUUUGUGCUC